AAUUGAAAUGUUGAAGAUAUCGAAAUUGUUACUUAAAUCUAUAUUGGAUUAAAGGAUAAUCAUUAAUUUAAAUCAAACAAGUACCUUAACAAUACCAGAAAUAAAAACAAUAUCAUUAAGUCAACGAAUAAAAACGCUAAUUAAAACGAGGAAAUAAAAAAAACAAGGAUUAAAAUAAAAUAAGUGUAAAAAUUGUUUAGUUGAAUAUCGGAGAAGAAACAAAAUUUAGAGAAGAUGAUUUGGGAUAAAAAAUUGAAACCAAAAUGAAAUGUUGAAGUAAAGCAGGCGGCGCUUUCUAUAUUAUAUUGUUAUUAUUCUACUUUCACACACACUUUCUUCCCCGUAUUUAAGGCUAGACGAUUUCAAAUUUUGGAAGUUCUGACUCUCAGGACGUUACCUCACCCGCCAAAUUCUUAUUCCCUCUCCCUCCAAAUGUCACACUCAGUAGAACAACAACUCUCCCUCUUUCGCUACCUCAUCCAAACCAGAAGUUUCGGCGACGCCACGCUCCGAUUUCUGGAAUCGCUUUUGGUCUCCAAGGACGUGAAAUCGUCGAUCGAAGUUCGAUCCAGCUUGACGCAACUUCUCAAAUCUGAAUCACUGUCUAUUAUUCGUUCCAUCUCCGCAGAAACCGUCCACGAUAAACUUCUCGUUCUCGAAUUCUUCGUCCACGCUUUCGCUCUCGUUGGAGAUCUAGAGAGUUGUUUGGCUUUGAGAUACGAAGCUUUAAUUAUGCGGGAACUCAAAUCCGCUAGUUUUCCAUCGCUUCAAGUUUCGCCUGUUGAGUGGUUAAAUUUUGUGGAGGACGCUGUGCGAAACGGUUUUCACGCCGUUGCAGUAAAGGCAUGCGAAAAUGCAUUGUCGUACAUUGGAACUAACGAUGUUAAAAAACUUGAAAGAAACGCGCUUCCUGAAAAUUUGAAGGCUACUACAAUCAGUGAGAUUACAAGGCUCAAGAACUUUGCACUUACAUCAAUUGCUUCACGUUCUGUUCAGGUGCAAGCAACAGAGUACCUUGAAAGGAAAACAAGAGAGCGGCAAAACCUGGACUUACUCUACAAAGAAAAACGAUGUCCAGCAAGCAUUUCCUUCAGAAAUGGAAUUAAGAGACAGAAUAUGCGAAAGUUAUAUGAACGACAAAGCCUGCAGCAGGUCCAUGGGGAGUUGCAUGGACGGCAUCCAAAUUCAAGGACUAAUCAAUUUUUGACCGUGACUUCUUUUUUAUGACAAAUUACAUUGUUUGAGCAUCUGAAGUUUCAAAUUUCAGCUUGUCUAUGCAUUUGAGUGUUAAGCCUUGAUCUGUAUUUGGUGUUUUCACUUUUCACCAGUUGAAAGAACAAGUUGUUUACACCAUGUAAUAUUUGAUAAGGGAAUAAAUAAAAAUAAUACUAUGUGAUUUUCUACGGGUUA